UAUUAUGAAUGUGGAAAUUUCAGGAUGAAAGCUUGCAAAUAACUUUGGCAAAUGGGCUGAUCCAAGGGAAGACGGACCGCACCGAUAAGGGCUCGAAAUAUAGGUCGUUCAAGGGAAUCCCUUAUGCGGCAGCACCAAUUGGCGAAAGAAGAUUCAAGGGUCCGAGUGUGGCGCCCUCCUGGGACGGCAUCCUCGACGCCACUCAAGAUGCGGACAUGUGCGUCCAGAUAACGAACGAGCAGUACAUCGGUUCAGAGGAUUGCCUCCAUCUGAACGUCUACACUACACAGGAGCGGGCGGGACCGGAACUUCCGGUUAUGGUCUGGAUACACGGCGGCGCUUUCAUGACCGGCAGCUCCAAGCAGCAGAUAUACGGACCGGACUAUUUAAUCGAGAAGAACGUCGUCGUUGUCACCAUUAAUUACAGAUUAGGCGUUUUCGGUUUUCUGAGUACUGAAGAUAUCUCUUCGCCUGGAAAUUACGGUCUGAAGGAUCAAAUAGCCGCGUUGCGUUGGGUGCAAGCCAACAUCCAGCGGUUCGGUGGAAACCCCAACAACGUGACGAUUUUCGGAGAGAGCGCUGGAGCCGCCUCCGUGAGUUACCUUCUAUUAGCGCCGCAAGCGAAAGGUCUUUUCCACGGCGCCAUCUCCGAGAGCGGAACGGCCUUAUGUCCUUGGGCCUUGCAGCGCCAUCCACGUAACAUCGCCUUCGAAGUCGGUAUAGCUUUGGGCAUCAUCACCCUAUCCUCCGAAGACCUGGUGAACAGACUUCGAACCGUCGAUGCACGACUGUUGCACACAGCUUCCUCGAGCGCAGCCAUCCUUAACCUGAUUUCUCCGCUGAACGGUCUCCCUUACAGCCCCACCUUGGAGCCGGAACACGACGACGCCGUUCUAUCGUUGGGAAGCCAUGAGUUAUUCCGGACGGGAGAAUUCAAUCGGAUCCCAUAUAUUAUCGGUUUUAAUUCCGAGGAGAGCUCCGUGCUGCUAGAGCUUCUGGAUUACUUGAGGCCUUAUCUACUAUCCUACGACUUCGUGCCGACUAAUCUCGUUCCGGACGACCUCAACGUGCCGAAGAUAUCCUUGGACUACAUCCAAGCCGGUUACAAAAUCAAAAUCAAAUACUUCGGCUUUCUGUCCACCAGCCUCGCCCGCAGAACAAACAUUCUGAAGUACAUAAGUGAUUCGCAAUUCGUAAAGCCAAUAAAGGAGACGGUGAAAUUGAUGUCGAAAUACGUUCCGGUCUACUUCUACGAGUUCUCGUACGAGGGACGGGUAGGACUUAGGGCAAUAAAUACCUACAAACCCAUUAAGAGCGAUGUGAGAUACGUUGAAGGAGUUGGACACUCGGAAGAAAUGUGGUAUCUGUGGAAGAUGGCCAAUUUAACAGCAGACAAUUAUUACGAUGCUAAGAAGACGGACGUCUUCACCGAGCUGUGGACUAAUUUCGCUAAAAACGGAGCACCGACGCCGUCUUCGAUCGUCGAUCCUGCCCUGGGCAAUCUCAGUUGGCCCGCGUCCAAUUCUGGAAACGAUUUCAAAUACAUGGAUAUCGGCGACGAACUCAACGUCCUGGAUAAACCGCGGCAGGAGGCGAUGGACUUUUGGGAUGAUCUGUACGAAACGUACGGAGUUCCACCGUUCAAAACUUACUAACCGCAUAUGAACACAUAUAU